AUGAGUAGCUACGCGCUCACGGCGACCCCACCCCACGACCACCUCCACCACGUGACCAACGGCGCCAACAGCAUCGCCAACAGCGGCGGCAACGGCAACUUCUACUACCCGUUCGCCCCCAGCUUCGACAAGCUGCACCACGCCUACCAACAGGCCAACCUCCUUGGCUACAGCGGCAAGCCCAGCUUCUCCGUCACCCACCUGCUGGACAUCAAGAAGAACAGUUGCAGCCUUAACGAUGACCCCGAUGACGAGGAAGGCGAGGAGAGCGACGACAACAUUGACAGUAAACCUUGUAUGAUGAACAUCAGCGGGCAGGGGAAUCCCGGAAAUAUUCAAAACCCGCAUAUGUUCUCCGGAAUGGAAACCGGAAAUUCUCUUUCAAUGGGGCAAAAUCUCCAUCAUUACCAUAACAACAACAAUAAUAAUAAUAAUAAUUCGUCGUAUCCGGAUAUGGGGUCGCAGUCCCCACGGGAUCAUACGGGGAUGCCUAAAGUGACGCCCCCUAGCCCGCGGGGCGGUAGGACGCCGGAGGAGACGCCCAAUAUGUUGAUACACACGGAGAAGUUUCUGCCCGGGGUGAGCAGAGGGGAUAUGAGCGGCCAUGAUGACAACAACAAUGGAAACUUCGUUGACACGGGUUUCAUGACAACUUUCUUGACAAGUUUCAUGAGAAAGUUCUUGAUAAAUUCAUUGGUAGAUUCUUGA